AUGCUCUCUUUUCUUACCUUCCUUUUACCUCCUUGUUACCUCUUUAUUGCUCUCUUUCUUAUCCUCCUCCUUUUCUUUUUACCUCCCUUCUUACACUCUUCAAUGCUCUCUUUCUUAUUCCUUUUCCUCCUUCUUACACUCUUCAUUGCUCUCUUUUUACCUUCCUUUUCCUUCUUACACUCUUUAAUGCUCUCUUUCUUACCCUCCUUCUUACCCUCUUUUUACCUCCCUUCUUACACUCUUCAUUGCUCUCUUUCUUACUUCCUUUUCUCUCCCUUCUUACACUCUUUAUUGCUCUCUUUCUUACCCUCCUCCUUACCCUCUUUUUACCUCCCUUCUUACACUCAUCAAUGCUCUCUUUCUUACCUUCCUUUUACCUUCCUUGUUACACUCUUUAUUGCUCUCUUUCUUAUCCUCCUCCUUAGCCUCUUUUUACCUCCCUUCUUACACUCUUCAAUGCUCUCUUUCUUACCCUCCUUUUCCCUCCCUUGUUACACUUUUCAUUGCUCUCUUUCUUACCUUCCAAUUCCCUCCCUUCUUACACUCUUUAUUGCUCUCUUUCUUACCCUCCUCCUUACCCUCUUUUUACCUCCCUUCUUACACUCAUCAAUGCUCUCUUUCUUACCUUCCUUUUACCUCCCUUGUUACACUCUUUAUUGCUCUCUUUCUUAUCCUCCUCCUUAG